UUGUUGCAAUCUUUAAUUAUUGUGAUAAGUUGGCAUAUAUCAAAUCAGAUGAUGAUAAAACAUGUAUAGAGGAUAAAGCAUGGGGUUUUCUUAGUAUGCCGCGCCAUUAUUGGCCCAAUGAUUUUAUCAGUUAUAGAGGUCGUAUAUCUGUUGUGGACCGUUGGAGUAAGGUGGUAUCAGUUGAUAUUUGGGGUGUUGUUGAUGAUGAUGAUAAUAAUUCAUCUUCGCCACCCUCAUCCGGUGUUGUAAAGGUUGUUUCACCAAGAAUGUCAUAUAGUAACUCAAGUCACUCAACAUAUCUAGUCGAAUCAUCUGCGGGUGAUCUUUUGUUGGUUGAAAUGUUUUUGAGGCCGGAGCACGGGAGUCCUCCAAGUUUCAAGAUUUUCAAGCUGCAGUUUAGUUCAAGCGGGGAGGAGGCAAAGAGGGUUGAGUUGAAGAGCCUUGGUGAUGAUACCCUGUUCUUAUGUAAGACAUGUUCAAUGGCAGUGUCUGACUUUCCAGAAUGCCGACCAAAUUCCAUAUACUUUGCAGAUUAUUAUUACUUGGCUGCAAACUAUCCAUCCCCAUAUGACUUGGUCAUUUUCACCUUUGAUGAUGGAAGCUUUCAAAGAGUUAGAAUCAUCCAACAUCUUUCACAGCAGCAUAAGAAGGUAUCUCCCGUUUGGAUUUUCCCAACUAUGGGUAGCUACCAAUUUUGUGCUUACAUAUGGCAUGAGUAA